CAGUUUUCUGCGUCUUGUGCCUUUUUUUUUUGCUCUUUCUUUUUCCUGCACCUGCGCCAACAGCCAACAACCACACACGAGUUCGCCUUCAUUCACACAGUCACCACAGCUGCACACCCACGCCAACAACCAAACCAACCAUGAGCGUUCAAGGAGCCAUCCGCUCAAGGAAGCGCGAUGAGAAAGUCAAGUUUGAUCCCAACACGUUCCGCGACGAGCUCGUGAGCGGCAUCAACUCCUGCAGCAACAUCGAGGAGGUCAAGAACUACCUCGUUGCCCAGGGCGACUCCAUGGACUACCGCCGCUAUGCAGAACAGUUCUUCGACAUCUUCAUUGCCGGCGGCAUCCUCGCACCUGGCGGCUCCGUGAUUGAGUGCGAGAAGGGCGAGGCAGAGUUCUGCGUCUUCAAGACGGACGGCAGCGACGAGCAAAUCAAGGAGUACUUUACGGCGCUCAACGAAGUGCUGCAGCGGUUCAAGUACCUGAUGGUGUCGCUGGAGAAGGAGGAGAUGCCAAAGGUCCUCCGCUUCAUCAAGGCUUUCUCCCCAGAAAACAUGCACAAGCUCGCAACGUUUGUUGCGCUGCUCAACUCGUCUGAUCUGUGCUCCAGCAAAGUGCUGGAAGCGCUCUUCAUCGAGGCGUUGACAAAGGACGACACCGCAGAGAAGUUCAUUGCGGCCUAUUUCCAGGCCUGGCUCCGAAACGCCUCCCUCUCCUCCCUCGCCUCGUCCUUCAAGAAGAACAAGCUCGACAAGCGGCUCGAGGAGCUGUUCCCUGCGAACAAGCGGUCGUUUGAGUACAUGCGGGAGCGGUUUGCGGCGUACGAGGGCCUGGACGACAUCAUCUCGUGGCAGGCGUCGCUGCGCACGGCGUCUGUGAAGAAGGAGCUGCAGCAGCAGGUGGUGGCGGCGAUUGUGGAGGAGGAGAAGGAGUCUGACGAGCUCAUUGAGAUGGUCAAUGCCGUCAUGGAGGAGAACUACCUCAAGCCCCGCGACAUGGUGCCCCUCGUGUUCUCUGCGGUGUUCUCGUCUGUGUCGUGGAACAAGAAGUUUGAUCUCAUGACAGAACAAGCCCUCAAGCAGAUUAACAAGUUCAACAAGUUUCUCCGCGCAUACACGCGCACCCAGCCCGCACAAGUCAUCCUCCUCCUCCGCCUCCAGAACUACUGCGUUGACUCGAACCAGGCGCUCAUGAAGAUCUUUGACAAGAUGGAGAUGGUGGUGGUGUUGUUGUUGUUGUUUAAGUUGUUGUUGUUUAAGUUGUUGUUGUUGUUGUUGUUGUUGUUGUUGUUGUUGUUGUUGUUGUUGUUGUUGUUGUUGUUUUAG